UGUUUUCAUUUCGGAAAUUUAUAUAUUUUUUACUAUCAAAUAUUAAUAAAUUUAUAAACAUAGAGAUUGUAUACUUUUUAAUCGUAUACAUUUAAAAUGACUAGUAUUGCAUAUAAAAUAGGGCCUGUAGCAAAAUGUGUAUUUCAAAAUUCGAGGUUAAAUUUACGGCUAAGUUUAACGCAGUACAGAUUUUACCCGAGACCGACGAGUUUUCCCGACUACUUUCAAAAUCCAAUAUUUAGGAAAGAAGACCAAGCUAAACUAUUGGAGAAUAAUGAAUUAUCCAGAAUAGCUGCAGUACCCGUGAAACCUCCUGCGUCUUAUGAGACUUCUUCAGUUUAUUAUGAUCCACUUGUGAGUAAACUAAUUAAUCAUGUAAUGAAGAUGGGUAAAAAGAAAUUAGCUCGCAGCCUGGUUGAAAAAUCAUUUGAAAAUAUCAAAAGAAUUCAAAUAGAAAGGUAUCACCUUGCUUCUGCACCAGAAGAAAAAGCAAAUAUAAUACUUAAUCCCAAGGAUAUCUUAUACAAGGCUAUUGAAAACUCUAAACCUUUAUUGCAACUACUUCCAAUCAAAAGAGGCGGUAUUACAUACCAGGUACCUGGUCCAAUAACUGAAAAGAGAUCACUUUUCUUAGCCAUAAAGUGGCUGUUAGAAGCCACCAAUGAUAAGGGGAGAACAGUGCACUUCCCUGAACAGUUUGCAUGGGAACUACUUGAUGCUGCUAAUAACACCGGCAAAGUUGUGAAGAGGAAGCAGGACCUACAUCGUCAGUGUGAAGCUAAUAGAGCCUACGCACAUUAUAGAUGGCAGUAAUUUAAAGAAAUUGUAUAAAAUAUUUAAACUGAGUUGUUGUAGUUUUGCAAUAUAAAUAAGUAAAAGUUUUAUGU